AUGGGCAAUGAAGGCGACAAGGUUCACCAGGAACGAUGCCAUAAGGCAGACUCACAAUCUAGACACAAUUGACGAAGUGUUCCAUGCGGCAAGUGGGCGCUUCGCCAACUCCUUGGUUAGCCAUGUCAAUCCGGAGGCUCGGAAACUAUUACUGCAGCCGUAUGAGCCACAGCGAUUGCAGAGGCCACGAUAUCUGCAACAGCUGCUCCAACACUUCCGCCCGCUGCAGCCUCAAAAUCAGGAUCGGAGCAGCCAUCAACAACAACAUCCAGAUCCGGCCAUCUCCGAGGAAUCGCUUCCAACGCUGGUCCGUCUCGAAGAGGAGGAGCUGAAAAGAAAGAGACAGGAGGAAUCAGACGCCAGGCAAUUAAGAAGAAUCCAACAACAAAAUAUCAUCAAUCCGAACCCCGAAAGGUUCAACGGUUCGAUGAUAAAUUGCUUCAGGAAACGAUACCUCAGCGGCCAAACUCCCCGAGAAAGAAUAGUGACUCUUAUCUUUGGCCAGCCACUAUCUGUCCAAAGGAUAAUCCUGCCAGAUUACGAGGGGGAUCCCGAUCCAGUGACGCAGCAGCAUACCCAGCAGCAGACUCAGCAACAGACGCAGCAGCAGACUCAGCAACAGAUGCAGCAGCAGACGCAGCAGCGGACCCAGCAGCAGACACAGCAGCGGACCCAGCAGCAGACACAGCAAAUUCUGGCGAGCAGCAACCUGCAGACGUCACAUUAUCGUUGCCAGACACGGGCUGCAAGCAGCAGCUCACGCACCCUGGACGACAGCCAUCGACGCAAUCCGCAAGAGGCACUUCUGGACCACGGACUGGAGCAAGUCCGACGGCGCCUUGAACGGGUGGUCGACGACGACGACGACGACGACGACGACGACGUCCAAAUCAUUACCGAUGACGACGACGACGACGUCCAAAUCAUCAUCGAUGUCCAAUCCAUCUCAGAUGACGACGAACACAACAACGACGAUGAUGCCGGCCGGCACAUUGCACACCCCGCCACAGACACUCCGCACUUUGGUGCAGCAAGGCGCCGAUUAUUGGGACGCCGCAAUCCGGCCGCAGCAAGUCCAAUAUUCCUGUGGUGGACAUUGUCGUUGUACCUGGUAAAUGUAAAAAUGACAUUAAAAUUUGCAAAAUUAUCCCCUCCACAGAGCAAUUUAAAACGGCACAAAAUUCACCUGAAGCGUGUACAAACACGCUUGCGACACCGGGCGACACCCCUAGUUGCUCCUCUGAUCCUUCCUCAUGAGCGUCACCACGGCAUCCGGCCUCCAGAAGGGCUCCGCGGACGAGAGUCAUCACGGCUGCUGGUUGGCCAUGAAUGCAAAUUUGGACACGCUUGCGCUGCACACAUGGCGCAUCCGAAUCCACGCAGGGGUGGUUUUCCUGCACUUCAUGGCUGCUGGCAACCAUCGCCACACAAAUUUGGCCGAAUCCCGGGCCACCUGGAGGACCACGGCGAUCGCUCCAUCCACUCUGCACGGCGCUGUGCAUUGUCCACGUCUCCUGCCGCACCUUACACACGCGCUCAUCCAGCGCCGUACGGUUGCGCACCGUGCCAAACACACUGCUCCAGACGACGACGAUGAUCCAGUACCUGCAAAUAGAAAUAAAAUAUAAUUAAAUUAGAUUAAAAUGUAAAUAAUUGUUCAAAUAUUGUCAAUACUUAUCUGUUUGUGACCACUUGCUGAUUUAUGUACGUUAAUCCUGUGAUUGACACAUAAGGGCUGCCAGACCAUUAG